CGUCGGCCGCGUGUGUGCAGGUGGCUUUUUCGAGCCGGUCGUACGUACCAAUAUUCUCUCGUUCGCACUUGUACACGCACAUAACGUCUCGCCCCGUCAGCUGCAGUCCUUAUUCCAUUGUUAGGCCGAUACACGCGCAAAUAUUCAAAUAAUUACAAUUACAUCGGUGAGUCGAAUGAAAGAAAAAGUGCCAUAAAAGCUCAGCUUUAUUUACCUUUUACCUCAUUAUUGGCGCGUGUCUUGUGUUUAUCAGUGCUUAUUCGUAAUUCCAACUGCAACGUAGCCGGCUAUUGUCCCCUGUUGUUUCGUAUUGAUACUCAUUAAAAGGCCAAAAUAACGGACUGCAUGCAGCAUUUGACAAGUAAACGUCUCGCGGUACGGACUAAAAAUAGUGAAUCCUCGCCGAAGCUCGACAAUCGUAGUAAAAGCUCCCCGAUGCUUGUAUCAUUCGAAUCUGACUGGACUCGUUGCUUCAUUUGACGAAGAGCAUUUCAGCAACUCAUCUUUCGAGCGAGAGCAAAAGCUAGCCCCGCCAUCGAGCAGCAGCAGCAGCAGCAGGAGGAGAGCAGCACAGAAUCAGCAGGAAGUCUCUUCAUUCGUCAAAGGCUCAACAUUGCCAGCGCAAAAAACUCCGUCGAUUGUCUUAUCGAGCAGAAGCAACAACAAAGUCCGCUCAAAUCGAUCGAUCGAAUCUAAACGGAAAAAAAGCCUCUCACUCCUUUUUUUUAGUUCGGCUUGAGGAUAGACAAAACAAACCGCGCCGCAUCAUAGGAUGGUAGAAGGUGAACCUGAUUCAAAGCGAAAUCAUAAGGGUGAUGUAAAAGACGAUCGCCGAAACGAUUGCGGUUCGAAGGACCUCGAACUUGCACGUAUAGGACCCAAGAGUAAGAGCCUCGAUCCAGAGAAGGCGCCAGACUACAAGCACCUCAAAGCUGACUUCGAGCAAGCGAUCGAACUUACGGAAUAUGGCAAGUUCCAUUACUUCCUGCUGGCCGUCUGCGGCUUCGUUAGUACGAGUGAGGAGAUGGACGUAAUCUCGAUGUCGUUCAUCUUACCAUCGGCACAAUGUGACUUGAAACUCAACACCCAAUCGAAGGGAUGGCUCAACUCCAUCAUAUUCAUCGGCAUGAUGGCCGGCGCUUACGCCUGGGGCUCGGUAGCCGACGCCCUGGGUCGACGCAAGGUCCUCAUCGCCAUAUCGUUUAUGAACGCCCUCUGCAUCGUCGCCUCGAGCUUCAGCCAGUCUUACGAGCUCUUCAUGUUCUUCCGUUUUCUUAACGGUGCCGCCCUCGGUGGCAGUGGACCAGUGAUUUGGUCCUACUUUGCAGAGUUCCAACCGAAAUCCAAGCGCGGCUCGAUGCUGUCGUUCAUGGCGGCCUUCUGGACCCUGGGCAAUCUCUUCGUGGCGGGACUAGCUUGGCUGAUAAUCCCUCGGGAAAUGGGGGUCAAGAGUCCGUCCUUCACGUACAAUUCGUGGCGAAUAUUUCUGCUCAUCUGUGCUGCUCCCUCCUUCAUCGUGGCGGGGCUGCUUUUUCUGCUGCCCGAAUCUCCCAAGUAUCUGCUGUCGCGGGGCCGUUACGAAGAGGCCCUCGACAUAUUCCGCGGCAUUUACGCUGCCAAUACCGGCAAGCCACGCGACACCUAUUCGUUUCCGCAUAAUCCAGAAGUUAAAGAACUGAUCCUCGACGAUGUGUCGGCUACUGCAUCCUCGGAGCCAGUGAAAACCAGGUCGAGCGACGUGAUUAACGGCUUGGCCGAGCCGGAAAAGAAGAAGAACAAGUACAGGGUGAUGUUCGGCGACAUAAUGGACAACAGCCGUCAGUUAUUCGUCUCACCAAUCUUGCGCUUCACCGUCAUCUCCAUAAUAAUAAAUUUCACCUUCCACAUCGGCUAUUACGGCCUGAUGAUGUGGUUCCCCGAGCUGUUCAACCGAUUCGACGAGUUCCAUCGGGAGAGGCCGGGUCAAUCGGCGAGCGUGUGCGAGGUGACGCACUACGUCGUCAGCAAGAGCUCGUACAACAAGGAGAGCGAGUGCAACGACAAAAUCGGCCCUUCGGUCUUCAUGGAAUCGCUCAUCACCGUAGCCUCGGCCAUACCGGCCAACAUCGUCGCCGUGCUCGGCAUGGAUCGCCUCGGGCGCAAAUUUUUCCUAGUGUUCAGCACGUUGUCGUCGGGUGCAUGCUCGGUCGGACUUUACUUUGUCUACAACAAGUACCAGAACGUUGUCGUCUCGGCGAUCUUCAGCGGUGUCAUCAGCUGCGGCAACGCAGCCCUCGACUGCCUCAUCACCGAGAUCUUCCCGACGAAUUUGCGCGCUACCGGUAUAGCCGUAUCGAUGGUGGCCGCUCGACUCGGUGGCAUAAUCGGUAACAUCGUCAUAGCUCAGCUCCUCGACACCUACUGUCCAGCACCAACCUUCAUCGUCGCGGCGUUGCUUAUCGGAGGAGGUCUGCUGUGCCUAUUCUUACCAAACACUACCCGCGAGCCACUUUCUUGACGAGCUCUAUUGUUUGGUCAACUACCAACAAGAAGCCUUACAACUCGCUCGGACUUAUCUGCAAGUCUUUUGCUGUAUUUACCAGCUUAUCAGGCUCAAUAAUAUCCUCAAUGGAUCGUUCAAAUUUUUUUAUUAUCAUUAAAACCCUAUAAACACAUGAAAUGCCUUAAAAUAAUCAUUGUUUUUUGUAUAAAACCAACAAAAUUAUUGUCUUCAACAUUCGCUCGGCAGCAUUGUUCAAUGUAAAAUAUAUUUAUAUACAUCUUAUGUAUUGAUGCAUAUGUAUAUACAUAUAUGUAUCAAUGAGAAAAAAUAAUGUUGAGUACUUUGUAACAAUUGAUACUAGUAUUAUAAAUCCAGAGGCGAGAAUUCAUUUGAGAAAGAUUUUUGUGUUGUCGUUUAUGUUAAAUCAAUUUAGAUGAUUUUUGUAUAGAUUAAUAUAUAUUUAUAUAUACAUCUAUGUGUUGAAUAUUUAAAAAAAAAAACGUUUAGUUGUUUACGUCGCACAAGUGAUAUGAAAUCACGUCUAUGCGUACGACUUUUAUUAUGUAUUGACUUCGUUUUGUUUCUAUCAAGUUCAAUAUUCUAUGAUAUUGCUUCAAUGUAAAAACAUCCUCGUUUGUGGUACUCAAUGACAUAACUUUUAGUUACAAAUUAAAUUAAAAUUAAUAUAUAACAUUAAACGAGAACAAAAGUGGUAUUUUCAAUAAUUAUCAAGACUGUUCAUUAAUAAAUGCAUUUUAUCCAAUAAAGAGAUAUUUGCAUUUGAAUUUUGAAAAUAUUGAAGCUUUGUUAAAAUAUUGCAACCAAAUAAAAAUAAUUUAUCAACAAUGAA